ACAGCUUACACCAAGUUCAAGUGAAGUGAGCUGAUCAGAUCAACCGGACACAAAGCCCAAAGAAACAAUGGCCUACAGCUGCCACCAAUUCGCUCGAUCAGCGAUGGCGGACAGAGUGACGAAUCUGGCGUCGCAGCGGGCGGUGGUGAUCUUCGGAGCGAGCAACUGCUGCAUGUGCCACGCGGUGAACACACUCUUCACAGAGCUGGGCGUGAGCUGGACGGUGCACGAGCUGGACAAGGACCCCCGCGGGAAGGACGUCGAGAGGGUGCUCGUUGGCAUGGUCGGACGCAACCCGCCUGCGCCGGCCGUCUUCAUCGGCGGCAGACUUGUCGGCACCACCGACCAGGUCAUGAUGCUGCACGUUGGCGGCCAGCUCGUGCUGCUCCUCCGCCAGGCCGGCGCCCUCUGGCUCUGAAGAGUCAAGGCUCAAGGACAGCAGUGGCUGAUGCAUGCGUGCAGUUGUGUGUGAUCGCUAGAGAUCAUAUGGUGCGUGCAGUGCAGCUACAUAAUUUUGGAAAGGCUGGGCGCAGGCUGGGCGGCAGCGGCGUUUGACGCGUCGUCAUCUUCCUGAAGGUGCCACCUUGGGUGAGCUGGGGGUGUGCAGGGGCGAUGGGUGUGGUUGUCAAGUGUGUGGCGGCUUUGCAGGUGGAGGUGGCGCCAUGGUCUUCUUGUUGGGGCAGUGCUCUGCUGUUUGGUUGUCCGUUGCCUGACUUGUGGCUGUUUGCUCGCCGGCUCUCAGUGCCAUGGCAUGGACGGGAUGAAGAUAGGGUUCUUUCCCCGUUGGCAGCAACAGGGCAUGGAAGGCUUGAACUUGGUGCUGAUUCCAGCGGGUGCUGUCCUGCUAUCUGCAUUGGCUGCCUUGGAUCCUCUGCUUGCAAGUUCUUCUUCAACCUCGCUCAACAACAGCUUCUCUUCCUUGGGUGUGGGUUAUUGUGUCUUGAUGAGGCUCUUCGUUUGGUGUUCUUAGCGCAGCAGGUGGGUCGUGCUGAGAAUCUCCCAUGGUGACCUGGAAGCUUGUACCAAUCCUUGCUCAGGGGAACAUUGCCACUUGCCAACGGUACGGCGCCCUUCGAUCCAGGGCGAGGGGCAGGGGUCCCCUUCGGAAGUGGAGAGGGUCAGUACGAGGACGGCGUCCACCUAUCGCAGUAGAUGAGGGCAUGUCCAUCUUUGUUGGGCUGUAACUCCCCCUGAAGUUUGCUCUCUGUCAGGGUUAUGGUGCUCCACUCGCGCAUUGAAGGGCUUCGGCAACAUCAAGCUAGUCUGUACUGCUUAUUUCCUGUUUGCUUGUACGUGUUGGGGCUAGGAAGUUGUUUCGGGCAUCACCUUGUAUCUGCCGUCUUUUUUUUUUGUUUUCCUUUUCUUUUGCUUGUUUGCUAUGCUUCGUUGUAACUGUGGGUGUUUGUAUC